GCUCCCCGCCCGCUGACACAAAGCGGGUCCAAGAUGGCGGAGGCGGGCGCGGGGAGCCCGCACGGCGGGGACGCGGCGCCGCCGGGGCCGCCCGAGGAGCAGGAGCUGAGCCGGCGCCUCCGCCGCCUCUACCCCGCCGUCAACCAGGACGAGACGCCGCUGCCGCGCUCCUGGAGCCCCAAGGACAAGUACAACUACAUCGGCCUCUCGCAGGGCAACCUGCGCGUCCACUACAAAGGUCACGGUAAAAAUCACAAAGAUGCUGCCUCGGUCAGGGCCACACACCCCAUCCCUGCAGCCUGUGGCAUUUAUUACUUUGAAGUGAAGAUCGUCAGUAAAGGUAGAGAUGGGUACAUGGGAAUAGGACUUUCUGCUCAAGGGGUCAACAUGAACAGGCUUCCUGGAUGGGAUAAACAUUCUUAUGGGUACCACGGGGACGAUGGGCACUCCUUCUGUUCCUCGGGGACGGGGCAGCCCUACGGCCCCACGUUCACCACUGGAGACGUGAUCGGCUGCUGUGUCAACCUCAUCAACAAUACCUGCUUCUACACGAAAAAUGGCCACAGUUUAGGUAUAGCCUUUACAGACCUCCCAUCAAAUCUCUACCCCACAGUGGGUCUCCAGACUCCAGGAGAGAUCGUGGAUGCCAACUUUGGGCAGCAGCCCUUUGUGUUCGACAUCGAGGACUACAUGAGGGAGUGGCGGGCGAAGAUCCAGAGCACCAUUAAGCGGUUUCCCAUAGGAGACAGGCUGGGCGAGUGGCAAGCCAUGCUGCAGAAUAUGGUUUCAUCAUAUUUGGUUCAUCAUGGGUACUGUUCCACAGCAACUGCCUUUGCCAGAGUCACAGACACCACAAUCCAGGAAGAACAGACCUCAAUAAAGAAUAGACAAAGAAUACAGAAGCUAGUAUUAGCAGGCAGAGUGGGAGAGGCUAUAGAAGCCACCCAGCAGCUCUAUCCUGGCCUCCUAGAACAUAACCCCAACCUGCUCUUCAUGUUAAAGUGUCGGCAGUUCGUGGAGAUGGUGAACGGCACGGACAGCGAGGUGCGUUGUUUCAGCGCCCGCAGCCCCCGAUCCCAGGACAGCUACCCCGGGUCCCCCAGCCUCAGUCCUAGACACGGAUCAAGCAACUCCCACAUUCACAGUACCGGAGCAGAUAGUCCAACCUGUAGCAAUGGAGUCAUGUCCACAAAAAGCAAACAGAGUCACAGUAAAUACCCAGCACUGAGUUCAUCAUCUUCAUCUUCCUCCUCCUCUUCCCCCUCAUCUGUGAACUACUCUGAGUCCAAUUCUACAGAUUCUACCAAAUCUCAGCAGCACAGUAGUACGAGUAAUCAAGAAACCAGUGACAGCGAGAUGGAAAUGGAGGCUGAGCAUUAUCCCAACGGAGUCCUGGAAAAUUCAUCCACCAGGAUAAUGAAUGGCACCUACAAACAUGAAGAGAUCCUGCAGACGGAUGAGUCCAGCAUGGAAGACAGCUGUCCCCAGAGGCAGCUCUGUGGAGGGAACCACGCUGCCACCGAGAGAAUGAUCCAGUUUGGGCGGGAGCUGCAGAUCCUGAGCGAGCAGCUUUGCAGAGAAUAUGGGAAGAACACCGUGCACAAAAAGAUGCUUCAGGACGCCUUUAGCUUGUUAGCUUACUCAGACCCUUGGAACUGCCCCGUUGGCCAACAGCUGGACCCGAUCCAGAGGGAACCUGUGUGUGCUGCUCUCAAUAGUGCUAUAUUGGAAUCUCAGAACCUGCCAAAGCAGCCCCCGCUGAUGCUUGCCCUGGGCCAGGCCUCGGAGUGUUUGCGGCUCAUGGCUCGUGUGGGCUUGGGCUCCUGCUCCUUUGCCAGAGUAGACGACUAUUUGCACUAACACAGAGCAAGAUGGAGUUGACAUCGUUGAGUGCUGCCCUUCACCCUCCGUUGCUGCCACUCUGCACCACCACCUCGUUCGAUAGCCUGACCUCCCUGCCACCGACACCCCCUCUAGCACACACAAACACUGCCUGUGAAAGGACUGAGUGAGUCCCCUCACUGUGUGGCUAUUCCUGACCCCAGGAACGACCGGCAGAUCUCACCUGUCUCCCUGCCAUUGCUGCGGCUCCAGCAGCACUCAGUAUUUCGCUGGUUAUUCUAAUGUAGCGCCUUCUGAUGUAGGGAUUUCUCUUUGUUUUGAUUUGAGUUGUUUCUCAUGGUUCCACCGAUAUUUUAUCUGGAGAGUUUUGCUGAGCUGGUUUAUGCUGAUUUACUGAGGAAGCUGAUCAAGUUGGUGACAGCUUGUUCUUUUCUUCCCUCCUCCCUCCAUCGUGCACAUACAGCAUCAUCUUCUGUGCUAGUUAUCUGAACUCUUCUCACAGUGGCAGUUCAGAGGGAUUUUUUUUUAUUUUAUUUUAUUUGAAUCAUGUUUAUUAAAAAGGUCUCUUCCACCUCCACAAA